UGAUUGAUUGAUUCUUUCUUUCUUUCUCUCUCAAGGGUUUCAACUUCAUCUCCAUCUUUGAGUGAAGACCGAUCCAUGGAAUAUAGGGUUCUUCUGCAAGAGCAGAGGACUCCUCCUUCUGUUCGACUACUCACAAAUUGAGCGGGAAUAUUAGUUUUCAUCUAUUGGCGGAGCAUAUGGACUCACCAACCUCUCAGUUUGUCUCCUCAAGAAGUAUGGGAAUAUUUGAGCCCAUUCACCAAAUGAGUAUGUGGGGAGAUUUUAGGGGCAAUGGCUUUCCAAGUACAUCCAUGGCCGAAAUCAUGGAAGCAGACAUGAAAUUAGAUAAUCAGUCAGAGGAUACUUCACAUGAAAUGCUAGAACCAUCAAACAAAUGUGACCAAGAAGCAUCUAAACACCCUGACAAGGUUCUUAGACGCCUUGCGCAGAAUCGCGAAGCUGCACGCAAAAGCCGAAUGAGGAAGAAGGCUUAUGUUCAACAGUUAGAAACAAGUCGUUUGAAACUUAUUCAAGUAGAACAAGAGCUUGAACGAGCUAGACAACGUGGUCAGUAUGUUGGAAGUAGUACUUUAGAUGCUAGUUAUCUAGGGUACUCGGCAACUGUAAAAAACUCAGGUAUAAAUGCAUUUGAGAUGGAGUAUGGACACUGGGUGGAUGAACAAAACAAGCAAAUGAUAGAAUUGAGAGAUACAUUGAAUUCUAUUAAUAUAGAUGAUGAGAGAAAACUUCAAAUUCUGGUUGAGGAUGGCAUGAAGCACUACUACAAUCUGUUCCGUAUGAAAGAAAAAGUUGCGAAAUCGGAUGUGUUCUAUAUCAUGUCUGGCAUUUGGAAGACACCUGCGGAACGGUUUUUGUUAUGGAUGGGUGGAUUUCGGCCUUCGGAGGUUCUAAGGGUUGUUAUGCCCCAGCUUGAAGUAUUAGACGAGCAACAACAGAUGAACAUAUCUAGUCUUGCGCAGUCAUGUCAACAAGCAGAAGAUGCUCUGACUCAGGGAAUGGAGAAACUGCAGGCAACUCUGGUUGAGGCUGUAGCAGCUGGUAGACUUGGAGGAGGAAGUUAUCUCCCUCAGGUUUCAACAGCAGUUGAACGUUUGAAACCAUUAGUUAUGUUUGUGACUCAGGCUGAUCAUAUUCGCCAAGAAGCCCUUCAACAAAUAUACCACAUCUUAACUACACGUCAAGCAGCACAGGCAUUGCUUGCGCUGGCGGAAUACUCUCAGCGUCUUCGAGCCUUGAGUUCCCUCUGGACUACUCAUUUGCGCGAAUCUUGAUUUUUCUUUUA